AUGUAUCGAUACCUCGCUCCCGUGGCCGCGCUGUACCUCGCCGGGUCGGCGCGGGCCGAGUUUGGCAACUCGUUCUACCUAGGACCCUUUCCGGACGGCCAGGUCAUUACCAAGGCGACGUACUCCAUGGCGGCGCCCGACGUCCCGACCGGCUAUGAUAGCUCCGACUCGAGCCUGUGGCUGUCGGUAUGGGUCGGCGUCCAGCCCCAGUCCGACGACGAGGACAAUGAGAACCUCGUCCAGCCCCUGCUCAACUGGUGCCUUGAUAACGAGUCCUGUGGCUGUGCUGCUGAUGAGGACCAGUGGUGCGCGGCCGCCAACACGUAUACGCCUUCUGGCCAGGAGGGUGAGGAUUACGUCGUGGUGCCUACGGACGCCACACUCGAUUUUGAGAUUGCUGUCAACUCGAGCACCAAUCUGAUUGACCAGAAGAUUUGGAUCAAUGGUGAAUUGGUUUCGCAAAAGUCUGAUUCCUCUGGCAUGCAGCCCGGUGUCAUUUACAGUGCAAACGAGUGCUCCGACGCCAACUGCGGUACCCUCGCCGCCUUCAGCUGGACCAACAUGACCCUGACGCUGAGCGCCGCUGUCGACAGCAUCGAGGACUACCUCGCGCUCAAUGUAGCAACCUCCUCUGGCUUUACUACAACGGAUGGUGGCCUGACCUGGCAAGUCGAUGAGAUUAACAUGGGCACUGACACGGCCUGGAGCUAG